UUGCAAUGUCGGGACCGGCUGAAGGGGAGAGCAGUGCUCAGCGAAUUGUCGAGGAGAUAGUUAGGAAACAUGGCUUCGUUCAAGAACGUACUCUUCAGUUGAUUAAUUCCUUGGUCAGCCAGGAGGCACGACGGGAGGUUGAGGAAGCGCUGCUUGCAAAAGACAUCCAGAUCGGAUCCUCGGUCCUGACGCUGGCAAAGAAUUUAUACACAAGUCAGGCGCGAUUUGUCUUUGAACUUCUCCAGAACGCAGAUGACAACCAAUAUACAAGAGGGCAAGAUCCCUACGUUGUAUUUCGAGUCUACCCAGAUCGAAUUGUCAUUGAAUGCAAUGAAGAUGGCUUCACGCAGCAGAAUCUCACAGCAAUUUGCGAUAUCGGGAAGAGCUCCAAGACCGGAUCGCAAGGCUACAUUGGCGAGAAAGGCAUUGGGUUCAAGUCAGUCUUCAUGGCGGCUUGGAGGGUGCAUAUCCAGUCCAGGAACUUCUCGUUCGACUUUGUGCAUCGAAAGGGCGAUUCUGGGAUGGGCAUGAUCACCCCGAUCUGGCAGGAAAGAAGAGACCCCGCCCUUCCGUUUGAGUUGACGAGAAUCACGCUGUACUUGCAUGAUCAGAGCGACCCUGCUGAGCGCGAAAGAGAUCGUCAGAUUAUCAAUCAGCAGUUUCUUGAGCUACAAGAUACACUCCUUCUGUUUUUGAGAAAAUUGCGCAAGAUCGAGGUCUCGUUCCACGAUGAAGAGGGGAGUCAGACGAAAGGCAUAAUAUUUACUCUCAGCAGGAUCGAAGACUCGGAGGCUGCAGUCAUCGAACGGACGUGUACUGAUGCAGCGCAGAAUCGGAGGCGAACAUACCACAUCGUCAAGAAUAUUGUUAGAGGACUUGCUAGGAGUGAGAACAGAGACUUGUCCGACGCUGAGGAGGCAACCAGAUCCUUUGCAACAUCUGAGAUUGUUCUUGCUUUUCCCGUAAUCGAGGAUCCAGUGACCGAGGAGCAGGUUCCAGUGAUUGAGCCCCAAGAGGUGUUUGCAUUUCUGCCUGUCAGAAAGAUGGGCUUCAAUUUCCUGAUCCAGGCAGAUUUUGUAACCCUGGCAAACCGACAAGACAUUGUGAUGACCUCUCGAAGGAACCAAGGGCUCAUCGAGGCCAUUUCGGAUGCCUUUAUUGCGGGCGUGUUACAGCUUUGCCAGCAUCAAACCCUCGAGUACCAGUGGAUGAGAUACCUGCCGUUGGAAAACAGUUAUCCAUGGGAUGGCCUAUGGAAGGAUCUCAUUUCUAGCAUCAAGUCCAAACUUGAGGGCUUGGCUGUUUUUCGAUCUCUUGAACGAAGUACUUGUCGCACAAUCAAAGACCUCUAUUAUCGAGGACCUGUGUUUAACGAUCAACAUGGAGCUCCACUAUUUGCCGACUUACUCUCAGAAGUCUAUUUGUCUGACUCUUAUGCUCCUUCGGACAUCGAAAUCCUCGAAAACUUCGGCCUUAAAAGGUUAACGUUUGACAAGAUAAUCGCAAUGGUAAGGCGAGAUCUGCGAGCAGGACCUGAGCAUUCGAGGAUUAAAGGUCUAAACACCGAUGACGUCUGGCACACUAGGGCUUAUAAAGCAUUGAAUAUUGCUUGGGAGAACAGAUGGUCUUCAAGCAUUCGAAGUCUCAAGCAAUUAAACAUCAUCCCGCUGCAGGAUGGCUCGUGGGUCUCCUCAGACUCUGGGGAUAUCUUCUAUCCUAAAUACGGCGAUGUAGCUGUUCCAAAUGGCUUGGGGAUGAGACUGGUCCAUCCGACGGCAACGAGAAACGAAGCGCGUUCUGCUUUCUUCGACAAUCUGGGAGUCCAUCGAAUCGAUGCUCCGAUCGUAUCUAACAUUCGUGAACGCAUUCUCUGCCAGCCGACGGGGCCGCCGAUGAUCGUCAACCUUCAAUCUUCCGUCGAGCGAAUGAGAUUCCUGUUUCUUUCGCAGCUCCUCCAUCCUGAAGAAGAGGGUGAUUUAUCAGACAAGUUCAUGGUCUAUAAUCACCUUGGCGUGGCAAUGUAUCCCAAUGUUGCCGACUUGUACAUUUCAAACGACGACCCCUACGGUGCUGAGCUCUUUCUCCGGCAGAAAGGUCGUCAAGUUAACUGCGUCAACUUGAGAUACUCUGAGGAGAUCCCUUCAGUUGCACCUGACUCGAAUCGUACGUUGCAUCAAUGGAUGCACCAGCACCUAGGCAUUCGGCAACAUCUUCGGCUGGUGUCGCCUGACCGAACAUCGCUCUCUGUGGAGUGCUUGAAUACGGCCAGAACCCGAGCAGCAGAGUUUCUCGGCUUCCUGGGACAUCUUUGGCCCUUUGAAGGGGAUAUUGUGCUCACAUCAGCCCCAUUAUCAUUAACUGCUUUGAAAAGGGCACGAGUUCUUUGCAUAAACGGGGUGACGGAGAUGCUUCGCAACACGUAUCUUCCUCUACAGCCGCUGUUAGACGUGCAUGGACGCUUCUUGGGUGACGAGUACUUCCCAUUCAUUCAAUCCCCCGAGUUGUCCGGCCAGGACCAGGUUCCCCAUCUGUGGUCCUUCCUCGUCAGAAACCUCGGCGUUGGCUACCAAGAUAACGUCAGCUUCCGGCUGCAACUAAUGAAAUUCAUCAAAAAGGCGAAUGUUGAUGCAGGGACGUUAGAUAACCCGUCGCGUGUGGUUGAUUUAUACCAGUCACUUGAUGCCUGCUUGAGGAUGUCCCAGAAUCCAGAGGCGAAGAAGCGAAAGAUCCGGAAUACUUUCGAUACCUAUAACCUCAUCUUCGUUCCUCAAUGGAAGUCUAGGCCAGCAUCGUGGACGAAGCCAAAUGAGUGUCUUUGGGAUGCACCUAGUGACUUCAUGACUAAGGUCCCUCUGAAAGAAAUUUAUACUUCUUCUUUCUAUGAUUUGAGUACUGAGCUAGGCCACAUGACAGGAAUCUUCCGUGGGGCCCUGAACAUCGAUGACAUAGAUUGGCCCGAUGUGGUCGAUGAACUUGAGGAGUUGAAACGCCAACAAAGUAUAAAAGGCGAAGUGGUUAGGCAGCUUUUCGGUAUAUUAUCUGAAAAAUUACCAACCGAGGAGGAUGACAAACAAGAGAUGAGAGAAUCUUUCGAGACAGGAGCUCUCAUCUACUUUGACCACAACGGCACCCCAGGAUGGCAUAAACCAUCAGAGUGUGUGUGGUCCGAUACAACGCAAAUUCACGGAAAGAUUGCAGUCAACGCCCAGUAUAGCGAUCUCAAAGAUCUCUUCGUGGAAAAACUCCGAGUGCCACAACUGGACUUGAAGAUGGUCCUCGACCAGCUGCUAGCAGCAAGGUCCCUGAACCUUCCUGUGUCGGAAGUCAAAGAACAUCUGAAAACCCUGAACUCGUUCCUCCGCACAGAAUCAAGUCCACCAAGUCCAAGCCAGCUUCUCGAUGCCCGGAUAUUUCCAGUCAGAGAACCGAGCAGCAGCAACGUCGUUCUAUACACUUCGAACACACAAUUCGCUCUGGUUGACCGAGAGGGUCCGCCCGGUCGAUUCACAGAGGUGGUUAGAGUCCUAGAUUUCACGCUGCAAGAAAUCCGUCAUUUAAAGCCACUUCUCGCAUGGACCUGUCUCGAGUCUAGAUAUUUGUCCCGGUGUAUGAGGGAAAUUUCUCGCGUAGGUGAUGGAGCACUGCGCCCAAUCUCUCAACCCCAUCGCGACUUGAGAAGGAAAGCCGACGCGCUUCUACGAAUUACUGCCGCCUUCAACAGCCCAAGGUAUGCAGCUGACGCUGAGGGGCUCUAUCAUGUUCUUCGCACCGCAGUCACGCUUGAGUGUGGAGUGAUCUCGUCGUGUCUAUCCUUCGAGCAGGAUGGCGUUAUACACGAAAUAGAGAUCGGCCAAAGCGAGUUACACAUUGAUGAUACCAACCCCCUAACGAUCUACGUCCCGAAUGAUACAGAGUCCCAGGAAUGUUGCUUCAAGUUUGAUUUGCCUCACCGCUUUGCUUCAUGGAUGAUGACGGACCCAACAACGGGAACGCCGGGCAAGAUUGAGGACGGCACUGUUAAUGUUGUCAAUUCCAUCUUGAACUGUCUCAUUUCAACAACUGGCAGGAUUUUAGAGAAAGAAGGAAUCCCUGACGUUCCCGGAAUUGCUGAAACUCUUGUCCCUAUCUUGGAACUUGAUGAGCCAGCGGAGAGCACAACUAUGGCCGUUGCCGCUGAUUUAGGAGGCCAGGGUGAAAUUUUACCACGGACUCCGAGAAGGUCGCAAGCAAAUGAAAGGUUCUCUUCCCCUGAGUCAACAUUUUCACCACCAGCGACACCAGGGUUCCAAGAGGGCAUGGAAAGCACUCCUGAUCACCGUACGCCCUUGACAGAUCCCGGAGACUACGAUAGUGAGGAUGAUUCAGGUACACCAAAUAAUGGUGACUCGAUACCGCCGCCCCAAUUCCAUAUUCCAGAGCAACAGUCACCAUCACAGUAUCGACAACUCUUGGAGAGAGUUGUCGCCUUGGCUAGGAGAACAAGCCUACCUAACAAUUUCGAGGAUAUUUCUACCGCAUUUCAAGGUUUGUUAGUUGAAGACAACCCUUUCGAAGGAGUGUAUUACGCCUACACUUCCCACGACUGGGAGCACAAAAGAAGAGUUGGCGCUGCGGGAGAAUUGUUCGUGUUUACAAUUCUGUCCUGUAUUCGAGAUCUAGAAUUUGAUCUGCAACACUGGCGUAGCAGCAUCCGAGGGUAUGCUGAGGUUCUUCCCGAAUAUCGGGGGUUGAGGGCCUGGCCAGGACGCGAGACCUCGGAUCUCGUGUACGAUGAUAUAAAUGGUGUCUUUACGUGCUUGAUGAUUUCAUUGGGGUACUUGAAUGCGGAUUACUGGGCGGGCAAAACACCCAGAUACUAUAUUGAGGUCAAGUGCACAAUGGGAGCUUGUGAAACACCGUGCAUUGUCAGCCAGCAUCAGGUCGAUUUGAUGGAGAGCACAACUAAUGGCCCGCAAGGAAACGAAAAUCAGAGCACGGUUUAUGCGUUGUUCCGUGUGUUCGGCCUUGGCAGAAGCUCGAUGGGACUUAAGAUCUAUAUAGACCCCGCGGAACAGAAGAGACUUGGCAAGCUUGCUUUCACGUCGGAGAAGUAUUCUGUUGUUCCUACGGGACGGUAAGCUGAGUAGAAGGGACUAGAAACGGAUUCCCGGGCAGAGUUCGGUAAGGAAACUGCAGCCGGGACACAUAGGAAGCCAAAAUGGGGCCUAUAUUAUGGUGCGCAGGCUGAAUCAGGGCGUGCUCAGGAUACUCGGGUUCUGCUCAGGUUCUGCUCAGGCUUGCUUGGGCCUUCUCAGGCUCUGAUCCGGCAUGCUCGUCCUCAACUCAGGUUAAAGCAGGAGUUACUCACGUCCACAGACUAAAACUGAACCAGUAAAAGGGAAAAUUAAUCCUGAGUCUAUGGGUAUUCCUUCACCGUUCCUAUAACCAGAAGCGCGCCUGCAAUAAGAAGAGUGUGGAGUAUCCCAAUAACACUCUUAAACCACCUCCAUCAUCGCCGAGCUCCUAUAAAAAUGACGUAGAGCCUAAGACCUCAUGCAACACAAAAGCUUCUUCCUCUGUUUAAGUUUCGGCUAACCACAUUUUGCACC